AAAAAAACACCAAACACAACAGCAAUAACAGCAACAAAAGUUUCAGCAUUGUUAACCUCAGCAACAGCAACAACGGCAACAUUAACAAUAGGAAAAAAUCAACAACAGAGGCAGCAACAAACAAAGCAAAACGUUGCUACCGUGCAAAUUGCCGCAAAUCUUGAGGAAAAACAAAUUCUUAAUAAAUUUCAAUAUAAAAAUUAUUUCUCACUGAGUUCGUUGCUGCCUACGACAAUUUUGGGUGAGGACUGUGAUUGCAUCACAGACGAUUGUUGCGUUUGUGACUGCGAUUUGAAGUGUGAGUGUCGUUUUGAUUGUGAGUGUGACGACUUACCCAAAGCUAAAAAAACCGAAAAGAACAAUAACUGCAACAGCAACAGCAACAGCAACAACAAAAACAAUAGCAGCGGCGGCAGCAAUUGCUGUUUACGUGACCAACAGCACGUUACUAAUUCGAUUGCUGCUGCAGCUAAAAGUAUAAUGCCACUAUCACAGGGCUUUAACGCCAAGGGUGUGCUAGCCACCAAACGUGCACACAAGACAACCAAAGUCUAUAAUAAUCGUGAUGAAGCGAAACGUAAACCCAGCGAGAAUUUAUGGUACGACAAUCACAGUAGAAGCAGCAACAACAACAACAACAACAGUAGCAACAGCAACAAUAAUUUAUAUGCAUAUGUCAUACCACAAAAGCGUAUGAUAAAUCAGUUGCAGCAACAAUUAUACAAUAAUGGCAACAAUUUGAAAAGUCAAAGCAAUGCAGAGUUUUCCUUUCUAAUAGCUGAGUCCUUAGCAAGUUUUGGACAAUUACAGGAAGCUUUUGAUAUAUAUGCCUGCAUAGCUAGAGAGCAGUGUGUGCCCUUGCAGCGAUUGAAUAAGUUGGCAAAUUGUCUUAUAGUGUAUAUGCGUAGGUUAAGUUAUAAGCAAAAUGAAAAUAUAGCACUAACAGUGAAUAGUAAAUUUCAAACCAACAAUUUAAGAAAUGAAAAUGAUUUUGAUUAUGCUCUAAUAACAAAUUCAAAGUUAAAAUAUAACAGACAACAACAACAACAACGUACUUGGUCACAUUCUUACGUCAAUAAUAGUAGUAGUACCGAUUCCACAAACCCCACGGGACAUAUGCUAGGUAUGAAUUUAAGUUUACAUGCACCUACACGAGAACUACGCGUACCAAGUCCUGAAAUGUCCGAUGAUUAUGAUCCACUCUUAUGCCCACUAUGUCGUGACAUCUUACGCUGUCCAGUUACCACGAAUUGCGGGCACACAUUUUGUCGUCAGUGUUGUGAAACGAUUACCAUGUGUAAUAUAUGCCAAAUUAAAUUUCCACGCACUAGUCUUGAUGACUUUGUUCCAGAUUCAAAUGUUGUCAGACAUUAUAAUAAUGAACAAUUGUUCAAUAUUAAUUCCCCGCGCACAUAUUCAAGACCUACUGCAACAACAAGCACGACCAAUAGUAGUAAUAUCACAACAUUUUACAACACUAAUUCUAAUACGAAUGUGUUAGGCAGUGUUGUAAGUGACAAUAGCAACAAUGCACUGUGUAGUGUUAGCACACGCAACGCGCUUAAUUAUUCUACAAGUGGAGCAACAACAACAGCAACAACAGCCAUAACAACAAUGCCACAAACAACAACAAGACUGUGUCUGAGUACUACAACGCCUAUAACAGUAACAACAACAACUGUUGCUUCAACCACAGCAACAGCAACAACAACAAUGGCAUCGACCUCAGCUGCGUCAGCAACGACUACAAUUGGCGGCAAUAAUAAGCACAGCGGUAUAAGCAGCAGCACAGCGGCUGUUGAUAGCUUGAAAUUUAUGCCGGACGUGCAAGUGCAACGUCUAGUCGAAAAGUGGUGGGGUGCCGAUGUGCAAGCAAAAAAAAUCAAUGAAACAGCGGCGAGCUAUAUGCAUUCCAAUCGGCUCGAUGAGGCGCUGAAGAACUGUAAUGCGAGCUUAGAAAAAUCGCCCACGAAUUUCAAGAGUUUGUUGCUGCGCGCCGAGGUGCUGCGGAAACUUAAUCACUUUCAGAGCUCAUUGGCAGAUGUGGAGAAUGCACUGAAAAUUCGUUAUACAUCGGCGAAGGCUCAUUAUUUAAGGGCUUUGGCUUUAAGUGAACUGGGAUGUUUCGAUGAAGCACUCUAUGACAAUUGUCUCGCUAUAAGUUUGGACAAAGCAGCUAGUCUAACCACGACAGAAUUAUUUCAGCAUGAUCUCUCAAAAACAUUGCAAAAAUUCUUGGCUCAAUCUCAAAAGAGUAAACUUGCGUCUCACAGAUGUUUCUCGACUACCUCACCUUAUAGUGUACUCGCCGAACAACGUUUACGUCGCAAACAAAUGGCUUUACUGCGCAAUGCCGAUGAGGAUCACAUAAAUGCCAUGGAUGAAGAUUUCUUAGCUUGUAGCAAGAAAUGCGACAUCAUAGCAGAUGAAGAAGAAGUAUUAGCCGCCGCUGAUUAUCAUAGCACUUAUCCCAGCAUAGGAAAGGAUUAUGAUGUUUCGCUGCGACGACAUCCGAUGCGUAAACAUUUUCGACGAAAAUGGAUACCAAAAGAGACAGAAUUAUUGCCCACAGUUCCGCUCGAUGAGUUGCGUUGUAGCACACAAUUUUGCAACAUCAUUGAACGCACACAACAGGAAUUACAGCGUUUAAGAAAACUCGAAUCCUCGAGCAGUCAAUUGAGUAAACAACUGAUGCAGGUGCCUACCAAUUUAAUUGAUGCCAGCGACUUUGAUUGCGUGUUGUGCUGUCGCACUUUGUGGAAGCCUGUUGUGACACCGUGUGGACACACUUAUUGCCGGGUAUGCUUGGAUCGUUGCAUGGAUUAUACAUCCUCGUGUCCAUUAUGCAUGUCACCACUUGUAGAACCAAACGUUAAUCAGUUAUAUCAAGGUGCAUCCUCACCAGUACCCUUAAGUUUGGCCAAAAGGCCUGUUACAAAGUUUCUUGAAGCUGCUAUGAAACGAUUUAUUCCAGACAGUUAUGAGAAACGUUCCCGCCAAGAAAUGAACAUGGAACCAUCAGUGCCAGUUUUCAUUUGUACUACGGCAUUUCCACAUGUUGCAUGUCCUUUGUUCGUGUAUGAGCCGCGCUACCGCCUAAUGGUGCGACGGGCUGUAGAAUCUGGUGAAAAACAGUUUGGCAUUGUGCAACCUCACAAGGGCAAAUCACGUUAUUACGAUGUGGGCACCAUACUCGAUAUCCGAGAUUGUGUUAUGCUACGCGAUGGUUGCUCUAUUUUAAGCACUGUGGGCUGUAAGCGAUUCAAAAUAUUAACGCGCAAUGAAAAGGAUGGUUAUGAGACUGCUAAGGUGGAGUAUAUAUAUGAUGAAACUAUAUCCGAUGAAAAUGUGAAGUUUGUGAGUGCUAUGCACGCCUCGGUACGAGCUAAGGCAAUCGAUUGGUUUGAAAGUUUGGGUACUGAAUUCAAACAGGAAAUAUUACAAAGUUUUGGUGAAAUGCCAGCAGUUGAAGAUAACUGGGAAAGUAUUGCUGAUGGGCCAGCGUGGGCGUGGUGGAUUAUAGCAUUGCUACCACUCAAUCCGCAGUUGAAAGUCAAUAUCUUGGCAACAACUUCUCUGGAGAAACGUUUGCGUGCAAUUGAAAAAACACUCGACUAUAUAGCGGUUAUGUUAAGGCGAUCUCAGCAAGAUUGUGAUGUUGUUGUAGUGCAACAACAGCAACACCAACAGCAACAGCAUCAACAGCACCAGCAGCAACAACAGCAACACCAAUGUGAGAAUGCAUUGACGCACGCCUGUCAGAAUGAUGAAUGUUUUCAACGCACAACCAAUGCAAGUGUUGGUGUGGUUGAAAAUGCAACAGAUGCAGCAGCAAUAGAUGCAACUACAGCUGUCUUAAGUCCUAGGACUGAUACACAUAAUCACGACAGCACAAAUAAAGAAAUGCAACAUAAUUGAUAAUAUAUGCUGGAACAAUCUGAUAUGGAAAAAACAUGGAGCAUUGCGUGGAUGAAAUGUAAACAUGAAUUUGCUCACUAGCACAUCCGUUGCUAAUGUACCAACUACUGUCAAACUCAAAGCUUUAAAAGUAAAUCAACACAACUUCAAUAAAAUCAAAAAUAAUUAUCUAUUAAAAAUAAAACUAAAAACAGACUAAAAUAUCCUUAAAAGGGAUUUGAAGAAAAUCUGUUGUCCUGUUCUAAACUGUUAAAUGUGUGUUCGUCUCGUUCGUGUCUCUCGUAGUGUUGCAAACUUUUAGUUUCUAAGAAAUUAGCCAUGUAAGAAAGAAACAAAUAGUAAACAUACAAAACAACUACAAACAAUUCAUAUGCAUUUCUAAAACAUAAUUCUAGCUUUAACUAUAAUUGAAUUAAGUAUUUAAUAAUUAAAUUAAGUAAUUAUAUGUGUAAUUUAUAGUUAAUGUAU